CUCCUUUUGCUUCAGUUCCGAGAGUUACAACUUGCUUAAGAUUCUUUCGUGAUGAAACUCAAAAUAAUUGCUUUCAGUUAUUCUCAAAUAUCUCCGGAUUGAGUGAUUGGAUUGGGAUGAUGUUGGUCUUGUUAGAAAGAGCAAAACCUACCGAAUCUGCUUAUCAA